AUGCCUUUAAUCAAUGGAUAUUCCUCGUCUGAAGAUGAGCCAGAAGAAAUUCCAAAACAAGUUUUCAAAGCUCAAAGAGUGGAUGCUGCCCCUCAAGUAUCGGCAAAACCAACUUCAACAGCUCUAACAAUAACAACAAUUGAUCAUGGUGAUAAUGGAAAUAAACAAAUACAAAAGACAAUAAGUGGUCACUUUGAAAGGGAAACAUUCGAUGAUACAACAUUUGAGAUACAACACAGAAAUUUCGAAAACUUGGGAUAUGCAAAAAAUAAGAAAAGGAUAAAAAGCAAGAGAGCGAAAAAGGGGAAGUCUGAUGUUGUCGAUGGAGAACAUUCCUAUGCUGGUCCUUGGGCAAAAUAUCAUGAUUCAUCUAGUGAUGAGGAGCAAGAUGUGCCAAAAUCAGCUAGUGAAGAAUCAGAAGCAGAAAAUGAACAAUUCAGUGAGACCGGAGAAGAAGACGAGGAAGAAUCAGAGACUACAGAGUAUUUCGGUGAGUCAGAAAUUGAUUAUCAAGGAAGAAGCUACAUGCAUAUACCCACUGACGUUGGUGUCAAUUUGAAAAAUGAUGCUAUACCAGAAGAGUGUUUUGUGCCUAAAAGACAGAUACAUGUUUGGAAAGGUCAUGUUAAUGGUACAAAUAAAAUUUUAUUCUUCCCUAAUUCAAACCAUUUAUUACUUUCUUGUGGUAAUGAUUCCAAAAUAUAUUUGUGGUCCGUCUAUCAUAAAAGAGAAUUAUUACGUGGGUUUUAUGGGCACACCAAACCUAUUAAAGAUAUCUCUUUCAACAGUGAUGGGACAAAGUUCUUAAGUGCCAGUUAUGAUCACUGGGUUAAAUUAUGGGAAACUGAGAGUGGUAAAUGUUUAGCAAAAUUCAGACUGAAAUCAGUGGCCAAUGUUGUUAAAUUCAACCCAUUCAAUGAUGAUGAAUUUAUUGUUGGGUUAAUGAAUAGUAAAAUUGAUCACUAUAGUAUCAAGACUAAUCAAGUUAUCCAAAGUUAUGAUCAUCAUUUAGGAUCCAUCAAUAGUAUUACAUUUUUGGAAACAAAAAGAUUCAUAUCAACGUCUGAAGAUAAAACUGCUCGUGUGUGGGAUUUACAAAUCAAUAUUCCUGUCAAGUUAAUUUCUGAUCCUUCAUUACAUUCAAUGCCAGUUACUAGAGUUCACCCGCAUAAUAAAUAUUUCGCAGCACAAUCUAUGGAUAAUACAAUUAUGGUUUUCAGUGCUCGUGAUAGAUAUAAAACAAAUAAGAAAAAAUCGUUUAUAGGUCAUAAUUGUGCAGGUUAUGGUAUUGGUAUUGAUUUUAGUCCUGAUGGUAAAAACUUGGUUAGUGGUGAUUCUAAUGGUAAUGCAUUGUUUUGGGAUUGGAAAACAACUAAAAUGAUUAAAAAAUUGAAAAUAGAUGAGAAGGCAAUUACUCAAGUCUUGUGGAAUACAAAAGAAGUUAGUAAAGUUGCAUUUUCUGGUUCUUCAGGAAAGAUUUACUACUAUGAAUGA